AUGAAAUUUAGUUCUACUACAUUAUUGGCUGGGUUAUCAUCACUCACUGCCACUGUCAGUGCCGGAUGUUCAUUCGAAGGCGGAAACUACUACUGUUCUGAAACCAAAAAAGUUAUCUACAAAGGUAUCGGGUUUUCUGGUACUUAUAUGGACGUUACCAAUAUGGAUGAAAGCACUGGUAAAUGUACUCAACAAUCAUAUUCCUUCAGUGGUAACUUGUCUCCAUUAGACGAAGAAUUAUCAGUUCAUUUCAGAGGACCUUUGACAUUGUUACAAUUUGGUGUUUACUACCCAAGCAGUAGUGGUAAUUCAAAGAGACAGAUUGACGACCAAGACUGUAAUGUCAAACAUGUUCACCAUAAACACAAGAGAGCUACUGAAGUUGUUCAAGUCACACAAACUGUUUUUGUUGAUGGAAAUGGUAACACUGUUACUUCCCAAGCUCUCCAAACUUCUACUGUCGAAUCCAGUCCUGCUGUUUCAUCUGCUGCUGCUGACGAUAAUGCCAACUCUGGCUCUGGCUCUGGCUCUAGCGCUGGCUCUGGCUCCGGUUAUGGAUCAGUAUCUGCCCUUGACGGUGAAGGUAAAGCUUACAGAUCCGAUAUCUCAACUAAAUCUGCUCCAACCAGUACUUCUGCUCAACCAUCUUCAUCAGAAACCGCCUCUGUCGAUGGUGCUUGGACCAGAGACAGUUAUUAUACUCCAGGAUCCACCGAUAACUGUGUGUUCUUAAACUAUCAUGGUGGUUCUGGUUCUGGUGUUUGGUCCGCUAAAUUCGGUAACUCUUUAUCUUAUGCCAAUGCUGAUAACUCUGGUGGUUCUUCGACCCCUGUUCCCUUGGAAGAAACCACUAUCAAAUCUGGUGAAGAAUACAUUAUCUUCUCUGGUUCUAAAUGUGGUAGUAGUUCCGAUUGUGGUUACUAUAGAAAAGGUACUGUUGCUUAUCACGGUUUCAAAGGAGCUAGCAAGAUUUUUGUUUUUGAAUUUGAAAUGCCAAGUGAUACUAAUGGUAAUGGUUAUAACCAAGACAUGCCAGCCGUUUGGUUAUUGAAUGCUAAGAUUCCAAGAACUUUACAAUAUGGUGAAGCCACCUGUUCUUGUUGGAAGACUGGUUGUGGUGAACUUGAUUUGUUUGAAGUCUUGAGCAGUGGUUCAAAUAAAAUGAUCUCCCACUUGCACGAUGGUCAAGGUUCUUCUCAAAACAGUAACAAUGGUGGUGGUGGUUCUCAAGAUUAUUUCGAAAGACCAACUUCUGGUACAUUCAAGGGUGUUGUUAUUUUCGAAGGUGAUGAAAUCCAUAUUCUUCAAGUUGAUGAUGAAACUGAAUUCGGUUCAUCAUUAGAUGAAGAAACUGUUAACGCUUGGUUGAAAGAAGCUGGUUCUGUUGCCACUAUUGGUUACUAG